ACAAGCAGCUAACCAGCAGCUAACCAGCCUCAAGUCGCAAGCAGCAGCCGACGGUCCAAAAAAAAGCCUCAACGCCGCCGCACAGUCAGUCAGUAUAUCCAAAGUUAUCGUCGCAGCAGCCGCAACAAGUUAACAGAAACAGUUAACAGAAACAGCUCAUUCAGUUAGACGCGACGGCGCGUUCGCGAAAUUUUAAUUUUUUUUUCCUGCAAAUGACAAACGACUGAACGUUUCAAUUUCAAUGUGUGUCUAAAAAGAAAUUGUUUAUUAUUUUUGUUUUGUUUAUGUUAAAUGUGCAGUGUAUUUUAAAUAUAGUGCAACAAAAAUAACAAGAAUAACUCUUCGCUAUACCCUCCCAUUAAAUAUUAACAGCCGCCCAAUUUUGUUUCAUUACAAUUCCACUAACAACAAAAACAACGACAACAACAAUCAGAGCCAGGAGAAAAGACAAGCAGCAAAAUGUCGCCAAAAUCGCUAAAUGUGCGCGUCACGACAAUGGACGCCGAACUGGAGUUCGCCAUCCAGUCGACGACUACCGGCAAACAAUUGUUCGAUCAGGUGGUCAAGACCAUCGGCCUGCGUGAGGUUUGGUUCUUCGGACUGCAGUAUACCGACUCAAAGGGUGAUUCCACAUGGAUCAAGCUAUACAAAAAGCCGGAAUCGCCGGCCAUAAAGACCAUAAAAUAUUUGAAACGCGUGAAGAAAUAUGUGGAUAAAAAGACCGCCGACAGCAAUGGACACAAUCAGACUGAGGAGAGCGAAGAGGAUGAUGAUGCUGAUGAUAUGACUGGAUCAAUGCCGUUUUCCACAUGGGUGAUGAAUCAGGAUGUGAAGAAGGAGAAUCCCUUGCAGUUCAGAUUCCGCGCCAAAUUCUAUCCGGAAGAUGUGGCCGAAGAGCUCAUACAGGACAUCACACUGCGCCUGUUCUAUCUGCAAGUGAAGAAUGCCAUAUUGACCGAUGAGAUCUAUUGUCCGCCCGAAACAUCGGUGCUGUUGGCCUCAUAUGCGGUUCAGGCCCGUCACGGUGAUCACAACAAAACCACCCACACAGCCGGUUUUCUUGCGAACGAUCGCCUGUUGCCACAGCGCGUCAUCGAUCAGCACAAGAUGUCCAAGGACGAAUGGGAGCAGUCGAUAAUGACUUGGUGGCAGGAGCAUCGCAGCAUGCUGCGCGAAGAUGCCAUGAUGGAAUACUUGAAGAUUGCCCAGGAUUUGGAAAUGUACGGCGUCAACUACUUUGAGAUACGCAACAAGAAGGGUACCGAUUUGUGGUUGGGCGUCGACGCUUUGGGCCUCAACAUUUACGAGCAGGACGAUCGAUUAACGCCCAAGAUCGGUUUCCCUUGGUCCGAAAUUCGUAAUAUUUCGUUCUCGGAAAAGAAGUUCAUCAUCAAGCCGAUCGAUAAAAAGGCGCCCGAUUUCAUGUUCUUCGCCCCACGCGUCAGGAUCAAUAAGCGCAUCCUUGCACUCUGCAUGGGCAACCAUGAGCUGUACAUGCGUCGUCGCAAGCCCGACACGAUCGAUGUUCAGCAGAUGAAGGCGCAGGCGCGAGAGGAGAAGAAUGCCAAACAGCAGGAGCGCGAGAAACUGCAGUUGGCCUUGGCAGCACGUGAACGCGCCGAAAAGAAGCAGCAGGAGUAUGAGGAUCGUCUUAAGCAAAUGCAAGAGGAAAUGGAACGCUCGCAGCGCGACCUAAUGGAGGCGCAAGAGAUGAUACGUCGCCUGGAGGAGCAACUGAAGCAGUUGCAGGCCUCCAAGGAUGAGCUGGAACUGCGCCAGAAGGAGCUGCAAGGUAUGCUGCAGCGCCUCGAGGAGGCCAAGAACAUGGAGGCCUACGAGAAGGCCAAACUCGAGGAGGAGAUCAUGGCCAAGCAGAUUGAGGUGCAGCGCAUACAAGACGAGGUCAAUGCCAAGGAUGAGGAGACGAAACGCUUGCAGGACGAAGUCGAGGAGGCCAGACGCAAGCAGGCUGAGGCCGCGGCUGCGCUGUUGGCAGCUUCCACCACGCCCCAGCACCAUCAUGUGGCCGAGGAUGAGAACGAGAAUGAGGAGGAGCUGACAAACGGCGAUGCUGGCGGUGAUGUGUCGCGCGAUUUGGACACUGAUGAGCAUAUCAAGGAUCCCAUUGAGGACAGACGCACUCUGGCCGAGCGCAACGAACGUUUGCACGAUCAGCUCAAGGCCCUGAAGCAAGACUUGGCGCAGUCACGUGAUGAGACGAAAGAGACGGCAAAUGACAAGAUUCAUCGCGAGAAUGUUCGUCAGGGACGAGACAAGUACAAGACACUGCGUGAGAUCCGCAAGGGCAACACAAAGCGUCGUGUCGAUCAGUUUGAGAACAUGUAAAGCAGCAGUUGCAACAACAACAACAACAACUAUACCAACAAUUAAAACAACAACAAACAUGCCACCCUCCCCCCAAAACAAACACCAAACACCAAAACCAACACCACCAUAACCACCUCCCAGCAACCACAACACAAAACUAACUCCAACAUGUCAAGAAUGUGUGUUUUUUUUUAAAUAAACAAUUACCGUGUAUGUAUAAAAGAGAAGGAGAGGGCGAAAAAUAUAGAGAGCGAAAGAGAAACAGAGCGAUGGCAUAGAGGAGGAGGAGGGAGCAGAACGAGGAUGAGGAUGAGAAAGAACUUGAAGAAGCGCAGCUUUAGUUCAAAUAGACACAACAACAAUCCGGCUUCGGUUUGACAUUUAGCAUAAUCGACAAUAAAUCAAACAAGCAAAUACAAAACAAACAAAAAAACAAAUAACAACCACAACAGAGGAAUUCAUGAAGAGAAAAAGAAGAGAAAAGAAGAAGUAGAAGAAGCGGCACACACAUCCCAAAUAACAAUUAAUACACAUGCAACUUAUAUGUAGAAUGGUCGCAAAUUUCGUUUAUAAUAUACAAAUAUAUUUUUAAUUGUUUCGCUUUUGUGCGAAACGAAAACUUUUCGAUGCGAAGCAGCAAAGUGCUUAAAACAAAACAAAUAAGAGUAAAAGUAACAGCAACAACAAAAACAUUAACAAAACAGAAUGUAGAACAGCAAGGAAGCAGCAACAGCUACAACACAGCAACAGUAACAACAAAUCAACUACAACAACUACAACUAUUUGCAUUUUUCCCCCGUUAUAAUUAUUAUUUUUAUUAUAUUAUAUAAUUACUAUUUUUUUUAAAUUGUAUAAUUAAAUAAGAACUUGAUUAAUUGUUUCUUAAAAUAACUUGCGAUGAAAAAGGAAAAAAAUAUUUUUAAUUAAUAUUAUUUAAAAAAGAGAGAAAUGAAAAUAUAUAUAUAAAAUAUUUUUC